GAUAGUGGGCACGGGAUGGUCAUGCCUCGUCUUGCUCGCACUUGACUUCUCGUUUACCGCUACCGUUACGCUGCCAUAACACUGCACUUUAAGGUGCACUUUCAUUCUAUGGUCGGCUUGUCAUAAUACGCUUUUGGUUUUUAUUUUAAAAUUGGAAUCAAAGGUGUUUUUUAAUUAAAUUAAUCUAAUUAAAUUAUAUUUAUUUAGAAAGGUUCAGUUUAUAGUAACAUUUUUUAAAUUCACUUUUUGCCUGCUAUCUGUGGAACACCGAGUAAGCUUAAAUAAACAUUGUUUUGACUGUGGAAUUUAGAUAACCAAGUUUAUUUUUUAUUAAAAUUAAAUUAAAUUGUUGCUGCUCAAAUAUAGAAUGUUUACUAAAUUAGUCGUGUUAAUUUGUUUCGGAUUUUCUCCAUCUAUUUUGGCACAAUUUUAUGAAGACCAAAGAUGUCGUUGUGUCUGUCCUAGUCAAUCAGCUUUUUUAAACAAGACCGUUAAAGGAUCUGAUAGAAAACUAUAUAUUGCAUUUGUACCACCCAAUAAAUGUACUUGUGAUGCUGUUAUUUUACCACUUGUGAGUGAUGAAAUAAGACAAAAUGCUCAAAUAUUCUGUCCUAGAUGUGAUUGUACUUAUGAAUCUAGAAACACAACUAUUAUUAUGGUUGUAGUAAUAAUGGUUUUGUGUGUUUUAAUGCUGUUGUCUGCAUAUUUUAUAUUCCUGUCAAUACUUGGUCCUCUUGCUGUUGAUAGAAAGCUCUACGUACAUGUAAUCAAUGAUGAGGCCCAGAGACCUUUGAUGCAUGAUGAUAGUGAUUAGAAAAAGGCACUCACAGACAUUGUGAUAUUGUAUUGUUGUUAUUUUAAUAUUGAUGUGUAUUUUGUAAUAUCUAAAUUAAUAAGAUAAGUAUUGACAAUAAUCUUAUAUCUAUAUUUAAGUGUUAAUGUAUAAUUCAUAGUAUAUUUGUGAAUAUUACUAAAUGUAUACUUACUAUUUGAAAGUUAACAUUUCAUUUAUGAUUAAAAAAAUAUAAUAUUGCCUUUAAUUUAAUAUUUUAGAAAAAUUCAUUUUAGUGUCAACUAUUUUGACCAGUACAGUUACCAUGAGUAGACCAACUCGCGAAAUAAAGAUGUUUAUAUUCUUA